AUAAACUCUAUGUACACACAUAUCUACGAUACGAUAUUAAAUUAUAAGUUGAUAUUGUAAGAAAUAUACCGAGUUAACGUUAAACGGGGGGAAAAAAGAACUAUAUUCGUUGAACGCAGCAGUUGGUUCAUUGUCAGUUGUAAUUACAGUGCGGCGAUUCUGCAAGUAAAAUUGAUUUCCUAGUUGUUUUACUUGUUUUAUUUGACGCAAUAAAUAUAGGAUUGAAAAAUCUGUGAUUUGUGCUGCGAAGAUAACAUUCUCGGGAGACUGUUGCAGGCGACGGAAACAUGAAGCUGGAAAUGAUGAACAGGGAGCAGGGCUUGCAACUCUUCGGAAAACUAAUACGGACAAAGAACAUAGAAGGUCUUCAGGGUGACCAUGGAAAACCGGGUCCCGAACCGGCUGAGCCACCUGACUCAAAACAGAAAUUACAGAAGUGCCUCACCACCCUGGACCUCACCUCACUCGGCGUUGGAUCCUGCGUCGGCACCGGGAUGUACCUAGUGGCAGGAAUGGUGGCGCGCAGCGUCGCAGGACCCGGCGUCGUAAUCUCUUUCAUAAUCGCCGCCAUUGCCUCGAUUUUUUCCGGCGCGUGUUACGCCGAGUUCGGAGUGAGGGUGCCUCACACCUCGGGGAGCGCUUACGUCUACAGCUACGUCACGGUCGGAGAACUGAUCGCCUUCAUAAUCGGAUGGAACAUGAUCCUCGAGUACCUGAUCGGCACCAGCGCUUGUGCUUGCGCCCUCAGCGCUUGCCUCAACGCCCUUGCAAAUGGCGCCGUUUCCGGGGCGAUCACCGGCAGCGUCGGCACCAUGUUCGGACGCCCACCGGAUUUCCUCGCCUUUGUCAUCACCGUUCUGAUGAUGAUACUGCUCGCCGCUGGCGUCAAGAAGUCCCUGGUAUUCAACAACGUCUUGAACGCCGUCAAUCUCGCUGUCUGGGUAUUCGUGAUGGCUGCCGGAAUGUUCUACGUUGAUACGAGUAACUGGUCCGAGCACCAGGGUUUCCUUCCAUACGGUUGGAGCGGGGUUUUUACCGGCGCCGCUACGUGCUUCUACGCGUUUAUAGGAUUCGACAUCAUAGCAACGACGGGGGAAGAAGCGACGAAUCCAAAGAGAAGCAUCCCCCUCGCCAUCGUCUCGUCACUGGUCAUUAUCCUGAUCGCGUACGUGACCAGCAGCAUGGUUCUGACGUUGAUUGUUCCGUACGACCAGGUAGACCAGGACUCUGCAUUGGUCGAGAUGUUCGGUAAGGUGGGCGCCUACAAGUGUAAGUACAUCGUCGCCGUCGGUGCUUUGGCAGGACUGACCGUCUCGAUGUUCGGCAGCAUGUUUCCCAUGCCAAGGAUCGUCUACUCGAUGGCCCAGGAUGGUCUGAUUUUCCGGACACUGAGUCAAGUCUGGCCCACGACCGGGACUCCGGCUCUGGCGACCUUCGUUUCCGGUAUCUGCGCAGCCUUCGCCGCGUUGCUGAUAAAACUCGAGGUCCUCGUAGAGAUGAUGUCGAUAGGCACCCUUCUCGCCUACACGUUGGUAUCGACCUGCGUCCUGAUCCUGAGGUACCAGCCGCACUCUACGAACCUCGUCGAGCUGCUUCCCCAGAGUCUUCGAACGCCUGGCAGAUCGCCGACGAAGGAAGCCCAGCCGAAUGGCCAGGUGGCCUACGGCAAGGACCUCAGGCCCGAUCAGCCGACGACAGCGCUGAACCCAAUUUCCGGUCCACCGGCGGAAGCCGCUCCCGGGAACAACCAGCGUGUUAUGGUACGGAGGAUCACCAGGAGGUGCAACAGCUCCUCGCCAGACUCCGACGACACCUACGGGGGCGAGGAGGACGACGUAGGACUGGGAAAGGACGAUCAGUAUCUGGUCAGCGAUCGUACGGAGAAUAAAUUCUACGGCAGUGUUCACGCCGCUGCUGCCGGAUCCAGUUGCGGAAGCAGUCAUCAGUACCCCGGAAACACGCCGAUCAUUGGACCGCCCUUGAGCUACCUUCAGCGUCGUCUCCAGGCGGCGCAGUACCUCUGUCCAGCGAUAUUCCCUUGGGUCGACAGAGGACCAGCGACUGAGGCCUCCGGUCGUUACGUUAUGAAGAUGGUCGGUGUGCUGUAUAUAUUAAUUCUGAUAUUCGACUUGAUCAUCGUCUGCGGAAUGGGUAAUAUGGGCACUUUCACAACGCUGUUGACCUUCCUCUUCCUAUUUGCAAUAAUCGGAGUCCUACUGGCCAUCAGCAGAAAACCUCAAAAUAGGAAUACCCUGAUGUUCAUGACUCCGGGUCUUCCUUUUGUGCCGGCGAUCGCAGUGACGGUGAACAUGUACCUAAUAUUCAAGCUAAGCAUCCUGACACUGGUCAGAUUUACGAUUUGGAUGAUAAUCGGUUUCGCGAUGUACUUUUACUACGGUAUAAAGCACAGCACCCUCGAGGAGCAGGAACGCGGUGAACACGCGGCGGAAAGCGGAGAUUCCGUCGGCGGAAACAUAGAGCUAAAGGUAACCGAGCAACAAAAAGCUUCGAGCUUUACCUUCAACAGCAGCCAGGGAACGGAGGGUGGAUUCUACGAGGGUCAACAGCUCGACGCUUUUGGCCAGCCGGUAUUCGGCAGCACGAAUUUUGGCGGAACACCGAGUCACGUUGCGAAAACGAAUCCGCAAGGAACCGCCGGAGAGGCGAACGUCCUUUUCGUAUCGGAGCAGGCCUUCCCAACUUGGGACGACUAGAGAGUGUCCCUUUAUUUUGCGUAGAAUAUUGUUGAAGAAGAAGGGAGGAGUCGAAGGAA